AUGUCGUUAGACCAUAUUGUUAUUACCGGAUUUAAGGUGCAUGAUAUCAGGUUUCCCACUAGUCUUGAUGGCAUUGGCAGUGAUGCGAUGCAUGUUGGUACCAAUGGGUCGCAUCCGUACUUGCAAUUGUUCACCAGCUCAGAAUUGAUGGGAGAAGGUAUGGCGUUCAGCAAUGGUAGAGGCAGUGAGCUUGUAUGUGCUGCAAUCGAACCUUUUGCCGAAAGAGUUGUGGGAAAAAGUUUGGGGUCGUUGGUGGAAAAUAUGGGAGCUACUUGGAGGUAUAUGGUUUCUGACUCUCAAUACCGUUGGAUUGGUCCAGAAAAAGGAGUUACUCACUUGGCUACUGCUGCUGUGAUCAAUGCAAUUUGGGACUUGUGGGGUAAAGCUACCAGCAGGCCUGUGUGGAAAAUUGUUGCAGAUAUGACUCCAGAAGAAAUUGUCAGAUGCAUUGAUUUUCGUUACAUCACCGAUGUAAUAACUCCAGACGAAGCUAUAGCCAUGUUGGAGAAGACACAACGAGGAAAAGAAACCAGAUUGAAAGAGGCAUUUGAUAAUGUGGCAGUGCCAGCAUACACCACUAGUGCGGGAUGGUUGGCGUUCAAUGGAGACAAGAUGAAAAAAGUGCUACAAGAAACCAUAGAUGCUGGAUUCAAAAUCUUCAAGUUUAAAGUCGGUAGCAAUUUGCAAGCUGACAAGGAAAGGUUGAAGGCAGUGAGAGAUAUUAUUGGUUAUGGAGAAGAAUACCAAAUCAUGAUUGAUGCCAACCAGGUAUGGUCAGUUCCCGAGGCAAUUGAGUGGAUGAAAGAACUCGUUCAGUUCAAACCAGUCUUCAUUGAAGAGCCUACAAGUCCUGACGAUAUUCUUGGUCAUGCUGCCAUCAGAAAGGCACUCAAGCCGUAUGGAGUUGGAGUUGCAACUGGUGAAAUGGCUGCAAAUAGAGUCAUUUUUAAACAGCUCUUACAAGCCGAAGCCAUUGAUGUUUGCCAGAUAGAUGCCGUCAGACUUGGAGGAGUCAAUGAAUGUUUGGCAGUCAUGUUGAUGGCUCUCAAAUUCAAUGUUCCUUGUGUUCCACACAAUGGAGCGAUGGGAUUGACAGAGCUUACUUCCCACUUAAGUACCAUUGACUACAUCGCCAUUAGUGGCCGUAAGUCUAUGCUUGAAGCUGCUGAUAGCUACCGAGAGAACCUUGCGCAUCCAUCUAUAAUCAAAGAUGCCCAUUAUGUUACUCCGUUGGAUCCUGGGUACUCCAUCGGUUAUGUUCCUGGAGCCAUUGAAAAGUACUUGUACCCCAAUGGUACGUUUUGGACGUCUGAAAUUGGCGAAAAGAUCAAACAAGCGCCAAAGGGCGGUGAAAACCUUGUCAAAUAA